UUCAAACCCAUUCCCCUUCACACUUUCAGAGUUGAGUUCACAAACCCCAUUCAAUUUUCUUUCUCGUUUCUGAAGAAAAGGGAAAAGUAUUUUCCUAGAAAUGGCGGAUUCGUCGAGAAACAUCGACGUGGAGGAGCUGGUCUCAUUCGGCGACGACUUCGUAAAGGCAUUGAAGGACCAGCGUGACAUUAACAACCUCUCUCACUGUCUCGAACAAACCCUUUCUCUUUCUUCAACCUGCAACUCUGAUUCCAACGAAGUUCGCUCCUUGCUCCAAGAUUAUCAGAAAAAAAUAGAGUCAUACAAGCAGAAAAUAGAGGAAGCUAGAUCUGAGACUGCUGCUGAUGCAGCACUUGACCUUCUUCAGAGAGAACUGGAGGAAGAACUUGAAAAGGAACGCUUGUUGAAAGAGGAGUUUAGAGCCAUCAGCAAUGAGUUUAAUGAUCUAGAAAAGCAAUGGAUUUCUAUCCAAGAGCAAAGGAAGACUUCACUGAAAAUUGAGCAAGAUAGGCUGAGGACACAGAUGGUACUUUCAAUGUAUGCUUCUGUCACAAAUAUUGUGCCAAACUUGGAUGAUCAGUCCAAAAUUUCAGGCUAUAUUGUGAAAAAGGAUAAAAAUGCGGUUGAGCAGUUUGAAUAUGACACCUCCAAGAUGAAGACCCUUGAUGUUUGUAAUGAUAUCUGGAAAAUGAUAAGCGAAUGAUACAUGUUUGACAUGCCUCUAUUAGAUGAUAGUUGUAACAAUAUAUCACUACACAACUUUGAGUGGCAUCUGAGGAAUCCCUCAAUUCACUUAUUUAAUGGUGUAACAAUUCAAUGUCUUAAUUUAUGAAUGGCAAUCUUGCAAUGUUGAUGUUGACUAGUGGGGGAGGGGAAUAUAGUUUGCUAUACUCAGUUUCAUUGGCUGGUUUUUCAUGUCAAGAAUCAGAUACUAGUUUGAUUUGAAUC